AUGAAAGCGGAGGAAUAUCAAGAACCUCCUGAGGAUGCAAAAUUAUUCGUUAAAAAUUUACCUUAUGAUGUAGAGAGUGAAGGGUUGGCUCAAUUUUACCAACAGGCUAGUGUUGUUGAGAUUGCUGAGGCUAUUUACAAUAGAGAGACUAAUAGGAGUCGUGGAUUUGGGUUUGUGACGAUAAGAAGUAUCGAAAAAGCUGAGAAAGUUGUAGUGUUGGUAAAUGUUAAGGAAACAAGUACCUUCAUUAACAGUAGAUUCAAGGUUCAUGGGAUGAGGUUUUUCCAGUGUCUCAACAGCAGGGAGACUGAUAGGAGUCGUGGAUUCAGGUUUAUGAUGAUGAGAACUGUCGAAGAAGCUGAGAAAGUUGUAGUGUUGUACAACCGUUAUGUGAAGUUAGCAGUGUGA